AUGGCUACCACACAAACUGACCUCAAGACGCAAGACGUCUUCGUCACCGAUGAACCCAUCGAAGACUGCAACCUAACCUCCGACCAGCUCGCUGAGCGCAUGCAGGAGCUGCUCGGCGAAGGAUUCCGCUUCGAGAACCGCACCUACCCCAGCAAAUCCGAGGUCAUUGAGAAGAUCAUUCUCGAUACCCUCGCCCUCGACCGCCAGACCGCUGCUCUCAAGGCCGCCAAGGCAGGCAAGGACCCCAGAACGCAGGGCCAACAGACGGACCACACGAGACCCGUCUACAUUCCAUCAUCCUCCGAGAAGCUAUCCACUGAAGAGUACAACAGGCUGAUGACAAAGACCUUCCCCAAGUACGAAACCAUGAAGCCGGGUGAAUGGUCGGAGGAGAACACCAAGUUCGUCGCUUGGGAUCUCGUAAAGCGGUACCCUUCGAGCUACAUUGGCAAGACCAACAGGCCAAAGUGCACCCCCUUCUUCAAGAACAUGACUGAAGAACACACUUGGGACUUCUUCUACGUGUACCACCCAAAGGCACUCGACCAAGCCCCUUUCAUCUUCAUCCCCACCGAGCAAUUCGACCACUUCCUCGACAUUAUCAACGCCUCGGUCCAGACGAAGCUGACCAUCCCCCCCGGCAAGCCAAGCGAGAAGUUCUACCUCACCUUCGGCUCCUCUUGCACCAUCCGCCCCAAGUACAUCGGUCGCUCUUCCUCGCACAACGAGUAUAAGGCCCUCCAGAAUGCGAUUCCGGCCCCUGAGGAUGAGGACGCUUGCAAGGAAGCGACCGUACAUGGAAUGGAGUUCCUCCUGGCCAACCUCAGCGCCCAUGCCAAGGAGGAUCAGCCCAAGAGCAAGAGCAAGAAGAGGAAGCAGGAGAAGACACAGAGUCGGGAGGAGAACAUCUACGACGCCCAGCUGUACCUCGGCAUCCGACCCCUGCCCAGCGUUACCGAGGGCAAGGACAAAAAGGUAAAGGUCGACGAGGCGGUUCCCCAUGUCCUGGACAAGGAUGUUGUCUUCAUGUGCAUCGACAUAGAGGUCGCUGAGGAGCACCAUGGGACCGUCCUGGAGGUCGGCAUGGCAACCCUCGACACUCGCGACAUCGUGGGCGUUCCGCCCGGCGAGGUCGGUCGCGACUGGUUCCCCUACAUCAAGAGCCGCCACCUCAUCACGGAGGACUACAAGCACAUUGUCAACAAGAAGUACAUCAAGGGUUGCCCUGAUCUCUUCGAUUUCGGUGAGAGCGAGUAUCCCAAGCGCAAAGACCUGCGAGACGAGAUUCUCAACGCCUUCGCCGAACUCUCCGGCACUGACAAGGACAAACCGCCCCGUAACAUCGUCCUCGUCGGCCACGGCCUGAGCUCCGACCUCACAUUCAUGACCGGCAUGGACGUCCACCCUUGGUCCGUCCCCGGCAUGAUCCGCUGCCUCGACACCAAGGACAUGCACCAGGCCUGGCGGGAGGAGACCCAGGGCCGCAGCCUGAUCUUCGUGCUGCAGGACCUCGAUAUACCAUCCAAGAACCUGCACAACGCCGGCAACGAUGCCGCGUACACUCUGCGCGCCAUGCUCGGCCUCGCCGUCCGGGCCAAGACAGACGAGCAGGCCGCGGCGGAGAAGAAGGUUGUCGUUUCUUGA